UGUGUGUGUGUCUUUCUCCAGAUGGAUGUUCUAAACUGCACAUAUUGUUCUGCACUGCAUCUUGAUGUUGUGUGUGAACAACAAUAAACGAUUCUUGAUUCUUUGAAGUUGUAUUUUUUCAUGCUAAUGCAAUAUUUAGCCAGUAGGACAGAGUCUCACAGCAGCAAAAGCUCACAACAGACACAAAUGACAUUGACAAAAGUUCUAAGGGUCUCACAGAAAGGAAGUACAGAUUAGAAAGUGAGGAAAGAAAAGAAAAAAGACAUAUUGCACCUGAUGUUGUCAUUACAAUAUUUACAAAUAUUACCAUCGCAAGAUUUUCUAAUAUCGUGCGGCCUUAUUUAACACCUUUGCUCUGAUGGGUUUUCCUCCAGGAUUUCUGUGCAUUCAGCCAAGUCUGACCAGUUUCCAUGUUCCUGCUGAGGAAAACCCACAGCAUGAUGCUGCCACCACCAUACUUCUUAGAAAUGAUUUUUGCAUUCAUGAGGAUGUGUUUGCUAUGAUCCAUGGCUUGUGAUAAACCAAAAACAGGACAUUUUGUGACUUUCUGUCAAGAUUUGUGAAUUGCAUUAACAUUAGUUGUUGUGUAAACUCAUUCUCACACCUGAGCUGUGGAUUUUUGCUGCUUCUUGGAUUAAUGCUUUCUUUACUUCUCAGUUCACAUGCAUGGUUUGCAGUUGAGCCAAAGACUUUCCAUCUUCAAGUUGAACAGUGCUCCAUGGGAUGGUCUAAGCUUAGGCUGAGGUCUUCAUGAAACAGCUAUAAUAGAUUUAUGCUGAGGAUAAAUUUCACACAGGGGGACUCUAUUUGCUAAAAAGGGAAAUUCUGAAGUUAAUUUGGUUGCUCUGGUUUUUAUUUAGGGGGUAUCAGGGUGAAAGUGCAUGGCUGAAAACAAAUAUCACAGUACCUAGCAGGUUUUUAUUUGCAAAAGCAUCAGAGAAUCAAGCAUAAUUUUUCAUCUACUCCACAAUUGAUUUUUAUGUUGGUCUAUGAAGUUUGUAGUUGUGAUAAAAUAUGGAAAAGUCCAAGGAAAUUAAUACAUUUUUCAAAGUGCUAUACAUACUACAAAUUUCAAAACUUCAAUGACAAAUGUUCCUUAUGGAGGCGACAACAGUCAGUUUAUAAAACCUGACAAACGGGCAGAUAUGAGAUAAAUUCCAAAUCAAAAUUUUGGUAAAUAUCUGCAGUUUAAAACUUCACGGUUUCCUUUUGCUGAGCCAAGCCAAGAGGCAAACAGCCGACAGAGCAUGAACUUUUCUGUCAUAUAUUUUUGUUGCAUGUCGUUUUCAUUUUUUGCUUCUAAGUUUUACAGGCAUGUGAAGCCAAUCCGCUUGCCUGCGUGUGUAUCUCUAACUCUUGUGCUGUGGUUGGUGAUUGCAGGUAAUCCCUCCACCACCAGCCAAAGCAAAAAAACCAUAAAGCAGCGAUUCCUCAAACUGCUGCUGUGCUGCAAGCCCACGGUUGCCCCCUCAAUCAGUCAAAACAGCGUGGAAGAUGACUUUGAGCUAUCCACGGUGUGCCAUCGCCCUGAAAGCAUGGACAAGCUGCAGGAGCAGACAAAAUUCACCAAGAAGGAGCUGCAAGUCCUCUACAGGGGCUUCAAAAAUGAGUGUCCGAGUGGAGUGGUGAACGAGGAGAACUUUAAGACUAUCUACUCCCAGUUCUUCCCUCAGGGAGAUUCGAGUAUGUACGCACACUUCCUGUUUGAAGCCUUCGACACAAACAAGAACGGCUCGGUUAGUUUCGAGGAUUUUGUUUUUGGUUUGUCCAUCAUCUUGAGAGGGACAGUUAAUGACCGGCUAAACUGGGCAUUUAACCUCUAUGACCUAAACAAAGAUGGCUGCAUCACCAAAGAGGAGAUGCUGGACAUCAUGAAGUCCAUCUAUGACAUGAUGGGGAAGUACACGUACCCCAGCAUGCAGGACGAUGCACCGAGGGAACAUGUAGAGAAUUUCUUCCAGAAAAUGGACCAAAAUAAAGACGGAGUCGUCACCAUAGAUGAGUUUAUUGAUUCCUGUAAAAAGGAUGAGAACAUCAUGCAGUCCAUGCAGCUGUUUGACAACGUUAUCUAAGGAUUUGGAUCAUUGAGGACACUGGCACCAGGGAGGGGAGUGUGUUUGUGAGAGAUGAUCAGGACUGAAGAGACAAGAUGAAGUUUGUGAGUGUAUGAAUGUGUGUGUGUGGAUGAGUUAUAUACAAGCUUGGGCUUGUGUCACUGUAGAGAGUUGUGAAUCUUGGUGGCGCAGAGAGGCCCACCCCCCACCCCUCGCUCCCUUCUCCUGGGCCCUCGGUGACAUUCCUUCAAGCGACGGUGGAGUUUCCCCGACUCCCAUGCUCAUCGUACAGAACCUUAGUUUCAUUCCUGAGCAAAGACAAGGAAGGCAAGCAGUGGGCUCAGAACAACUGACACGCCUAACGAUCCCCCMGCCCACCAGUUUUAUUUCGACCUUUAUUUAUUGCCGAUACCAACGGAGGAACUUUCACAGCCUGUAGAGGCCAAAAUCAGAAGAGAGAAGUUGCCCUUAAACCUUCAACUGAAAUAAUUUUCUCUCUUUUUUGCGUAUUAUGUUUUGACAUUUUGAUUCUUGCCCUGCCUCUGUGCAUGUGGGAACACCUCAAUGGAGCCAGCAGUGAAGCUAGAGAGUGAGUCUACAGCCAUCUUGUGGACAGAAGAGGAAAACAAAGACACUUCUUGAGGAGGAAGCGACCAACAAAUUGAAGAUCCAAGCGAUCCUGUUAUCACAGACAAGAGGCCUAAAGCUAUGGCUUUCCACGAGGAACUGAUUUCAGUAUCGCAUGAUGAUGUCACUAAUAUCUAAUUAUGUAUUUAAAGAGAUACUCCAAAGUCUGCUCGUCUGUCUGUUGUUCCUGGUCAUUCACAGGUGCCUCACCCUUUGUAGUAUGUGUGUGCAUGUGGAACAAAAGACAUGCUGUUUAUCUUACAGGUCAGGGUCAUUGCCCUCCUCCAUUCAAAGGAUUCUGGUAGAAAACGUUUCUGGCCUUCCCAAUUAUUACAGUCCUAACGGUAGUUGUCUGGUGACUGUUGUAAUAGCCUCCCCAGUGGUGUGAUAAUAGCCAGCGCAAUGUGGGAAUUGCACUUUAGUUUACAAAGCUCCUUACCAUUCAAGAUGAAACUGGAAUACCACAGUUGUACUGGUCUACCAAAAGCACCAUCAAAGGGAAACAUGUUAGAUUUAUAUAUGAACUUAUUGUAACCUGAAAUGUCACGUGGUUGUAGCAGGUUCUACCACUUCUAAAAUAAAAUCUCAAAACUCUUUAUCCAUUAAAUUAGGCUGACUAAAUUCCCAUGAAGCAUUGCGAGCAUUUGUGGGUCAUGAGGAACGCCGAUUGGRUUUUGUUUUUCAUACCUCCUCACAUUACUUCCACCUCCACUCAUUCCUGUUUCUGUGACACCAAAGAGAAGAUAAUAAUAAAAGAGGAACAUAAAGUUGAAGCCAAGAUGUACAGCCCACCUGUGGGUGAGGGCAAAAAAGGGGAUUAUCAGAUGGGUAAAAGAUAAUCAAAGAUAAAUUACUGGUAUGAGUUUUGCCUGCACACGGUUAGAAAUAUUUUUAACCUGAAUGUUAAGAUCGGAUGGAUAUUUAUUUUAGAGCAAUUCUUUUGCCUCAUUGUGACUUUUGCAAACUCCAAGAUGCAGAAUCAGAGGCACUCAAAGCGUAAUAAAAUUUAAAGCAGAGACUAACACGGAAUAGCAAUAAUGUUCUCUGACAUAACAUCUUUCCACUCAUUCCCCUCAAAGCACAGAAUAGGGAUGCACUAAGUUUUUUCCUCGUUUAAUUAUUGUUUUGUUAGUGAAAACUUGCCUUUCCAUCCAUGUCAUUUAAUUAUUUAUUUUAAAAAUAUAAUUUUUUUGUAUCUAUGUUCAGCAUAGAAAACUCUUCUGGCUUUUUUUUUUUCAUUAAGUUUUGUUUCUCACAAGUAAAACCUGUCUAAACCCGCAUGUGCUGUGUCUGGAACAAUGAAAACUUACUCAUAUGUUGUACUGACUGUCUAGUUAGGUACCUUAUGGUUGCAUUACAUAUUUAAAAAUGUGUAUAUUUUGUACAGAGACAAUAAAAAUCACAUCUACUAUGCAAAA